UUACGAGCAACAAAGCUAUCGACGGAUUUGUGAACAAGAUCACCAAUAAGGAACCGACUCUGUUAUUCCAUGGUGCUGAUGGCGAAGUACCACCUGAUUGCCCGAUAAGAAUUAAAAAACACGUGCGGUGUCCGGGUGUACGCAAACUGAUGCAGGCAUAUAUGAAGCGACCAUACAUUGUUGUCGUGCCGGUGGACGAAUGGGGAACAUCUCAAACAGAUGCAAGAUGUAUGUGCCGAUUCCAAAACCAACCCAAAUCGGCCAAAUUCAAGAUAUGUCGUUGCAUACCCAACGCCAUAACACUGUUGCCAACCAAAAUUGUGUCUAAGUUUGGCAAGACAGAUACAUCUACAUAUCGACAGUUACAACGCACAUUGAACGGAGCAUUUGAAAUAGAAGAGCUAAUGUCAAGAGUAAAACCUUACUACAAAAAAUGGCAAUUAGACCUCGAAUGCACCGUGACUUGGCAUCGUGACGUCGUGGCUGCUAAGAACAUUCUACUGAAAGGACUAUGGACAUUGCUUGGACUUCCAAUACCUGCUGCAAUCAACCGAUAUUGGAAUCAAAUCAACGCCGAUGCCGCCGUCUUCGAUGACGAUAACGACGUAGACAUAUCCGAGCCCGAGUUCGAAUAGCUCAAGCGACAAAACAGAAUGUCUGAUGUGCUAAAUUCGGUACAUUCGACGAAAAAAGAAGAAGAAGUAUAAGAAGAAGUAGUAGUUUUUGGUACUUUUUGCGGUAUAUAUGCGGUACAUAGGAUGUUUACGUUGAUAUAUUGGUAUAUGGGUUUUGCUAGCGCGGUGAAUCAGAAAAAUUGUGUGACGGCUUGGCAAAUCUCAUGUACACCCAUGGCACAAAUAAUAAUCGUCACAAAUUUCGGUAUAUUUCAUGUGCUGAUUUUGGUAUAUUGGUAAUGCUGUCAUAAUACGUAGCACAAUAAUUAUACUGUUUUUGGUACAUGAGACGUACUAACGAUCUUCUAGUACAACGCAUGUACAAUUUUUGGAAUAUGUGUUUGACUGGUACAUUGCAUACAGACAUUUUGGAUAUGUUAUGAGCUCCUGGUUUUUCAUAUAAGCCAUAUUUGGAACUAUUCAUAUACUUUAACAUCCGUGACCAUUUAAUGUAUUGUUUGGUCUAACCAAUGUACUACCGCCAUAUUACUUUUCCGCACACACCUAGUGUGUAAGGUAAAGUAUUGGAAUCGGUCGAAAAAUUAACACCCUAAAAAAACAUGUUUUCUGGGUGUUUCAGGA